AUGAGCGAAACAGACCGUUUUGAUAGCAUGUUGCUGGCCAUUGCACAGUCCCAGCAUGGCAUUGAGCCACUGCUGGACACGGUGUUUUCAUUUCUUCGUCGUAAGACUGAUUUUUUUUCAGGUGCCAAACCGCAGGUGAUUGAAGAUACGGUCCUUAAGAGCGUACGCAAACAAGCAUCACUUGCCGAGAAGGAUCAAUUGUAUAAAAAGCAACAAGAACAGAAGAAGAGACAGAAGCAGGAAGCGUUACGUAAGGGAUCAGAUCUAGACAAGAAACAGAAGAAGGAAACGGAGAAUGACACCAAGAGCUCGUCGCGUUUUGAGGAAAUCACUGACGAUGACGACAAAAUAGAGACUACAAACACGAAGAAAUCAUCGAAGGAGACGAAGAUUGCUGCAGAUAAAGCAGGAGAAGACAAUGGACCACCGCUUGUUGGAAAUGGAGGUCAGACGGAUAAGUAUGUGUGGACGCAAACAUUACAGGAAGCUCAAGUCAAUUUUGCGGUUCCUGAAGGUACGAAGUCGCGACAGGUAGACGUGGAUCUUCGUGCGGAAAAGCUGAGGGUCGGGCUGCGAGGUGGUGAAACAUUUGUUGAUGGACGUCUGUACAACAAGGUGAAGGUAGAUGACAGCUUUUGGACUUUGGAAGAUGGCAACCGUAUUUGCGUUUACCUGCUAAAGGACAACCAGAUGGAGUGGUGGAAGACUAUAAUUCAGGGAGACCCCGAGAUUGACACGCAAAAAGUACAGCCAGAGAACUCGAAGCUCGGUGACCUAGACUCGGCUACGCGCCAAACUGUGGAGAAAAUGAUGUUUGAUCAGCGUCAGAAGGCACUGGGUCUUCCCACUAGCGACGAUGUGCAAAAACAAGAUAUUUUGCAAAAGUUCAUGGCGCAGCACCCAGAAAUGGACUUCAGCAAAGCUAAAAUCAACUGA